AUGUCUUCCGCUUUCGCGCUCUCCGCGCGCGCGCCGCUCGCCGCGCGUCGACGCGCGACGCUGACGCGCGGGCUGCCGCGCCGCGCGCGCGUUCGCGUCGGCGUCGCGCCGAGAGCGCAAGCCGCCGCCGGGGAUAAAUCGAAGCCGCAGUGGUCCACGGAUCGGCAGCUCGCGAAGGACGAGGACAUCGACCUGAAAGACGGCGAGAAGCUCAUGUGCGUCAGUCCCCGCGUCUUCUUCCAUCGCCGCGCGCGCGUCCUCUCGGCGGCAAAAGUCCUCAAGGAACGGCGUUCACCACGCGGACGGGGUCGUAUGGGGACCAGUGUGACGCGCGCGACGAGAGCGCGUCGUAAUGAUGAAUCGCCUCGUCGGCCCUAA